CCCUCUGAGCACUGGCUUCGCCAUCCAGCAUGGAUGGAUGGCGCCAGAUAUCCGCCACGCUUCUAUGUGAGUCUCGACGAGAUGAACAGCGACCGCGUCGCAGCAGGAUACCCCCCUAUCCCGCCCUACAUGGAGCCCCCUCCACCUCAAGUUCGCGCCGCCGCACCAGCCGUAGCCGCUCAACCUGCCGCCGCCGCCGCCGUCGCUCAUCCCCCUGCCGCCGCUCAUCCCCCUGCCGCCGCUCAGCCCCCUGCCGUCGCUCAUGGUCUCCCUCGCCACCCUCUUGCCAAUAUCGCUGAACAAGAGGUCGCCGGCGGUCCUCCCCCUCCUGCAGCCGCAGGGCAUCUGGUCUCUGUCACGAUACUAUACGUUAGUACAGUACCGGUGGCCGGGAGCCGGGCCUCCCGAGGUGUGACGAAGAAAGUCAAGGAGAAAAUGGUCAAGUCGGACCAUAUUCUCGUUGACGGUGCUUCACGCGUCAACUUCAUCCAUGCUGCCCUCGCUGUCCAUGACCUAGCUGACCAGUACUGCGCUGGUGCGAUGACUGGGCCCCCCGUGAAAAUAUGGUGGCCAGGUUCGAGCGGUGGAAAGUCAGGUGCAUCGACUGUCGACACUGACCACGACUUCGAAGUUACGAAGGUGGCCAUCCUGCGAAAGAACAGGGCUAGCUGUAACGUGAACAUCGAGUUCGAUCUCGAUCUAAUGGAUGGCUAUCGUAUUCGCAAGCGAGCCAUUCCGCCCAUGCUGGCGUUGCAGGAUGAUGAGGAAGAGCUUCAUCGUGGAGACAAGGUGCCUCGUCUGGAGCUGUUCAGUGAAGAAGCUCAGAUCAAUGGGCAAAUGAUCUUGCAGCUUAAGGCAAAGUGGGCCUGUGAACGCCAUCAAGGCGAGCAUGGCGAGCCGGGGUUCUGCUACGUCGAUGAAGCAGGCGUCCACCUUGGUUUGAACAGCCGUAAGUUGAAGUUAUGGGCAGCGGCAAUUUCAGCUGCAGAUGCGACGAAGCAUCAGCCACCUACUACGGUCGACUUUGAUGGCUUGCGCGACGGUCGAAUGAACGUCAACCGGCCGCGCGGUCGUCCACCCACUGCAAGCGGCUCAGCGUCGACAUCUAACGAUCUCACUGCAUUGCUCAUGGCUGCAAUGAUUCCCCUCAUCACGAGCCAGCUUGCGCCCAAGGUCCCAUCCGCACCUAUUGAUACCGCCUCUGUCUCUGCUCCGUCCACUCCAAAGCGCAUUCGACCCAUUCCUCCCCCGCCUCAGUCCCCGUCCCCGGCACCAGGCACAGAGCUUCAUGUCUGCAUCGCAGACUUCCUUGCUGCAAAGAAUAUCGAUAUGGGCGGAGCAGAGAUGGCGCUGAUGGAGUUAGAACUGACGCCUGACAUCAUGAAUGAGGUCCCCGUCGCUCGCCUCUGUGAUGUUCUUGGGGCAGUCGAGGGUCGGGUUCGGAAGUUCCAGCUAUUCUGCAAGGAGUGGGUGGCUCGUGUGGAGGAUAAGAAGCGUCGGGGUUUGUGA